GCAGCAUCCAUCCGUUCUCUUGACCCGUUUGACAGAGACGGCGCGUUGGCAACUCUCUCAAAAUCAAUAGCCACGGCAGAGUGAUAACCGAGACGAUCCGAGUUCCCUGCGAUUUCUCUUGCAGCCAUCAGCAACCAUGUCGGCCAACGUCAAGUACACGCCCGCUCCACAGGAAGACCCGGAGCACCUCUACACGCAGCCGCCCCCGUCCUACCAGGCCGAGAGUAGCUCCGCGCAGGACCAGGAACGACUCUUUGGAGGCCCGCGCAGCAGCGAGGACAAUAUUCCCGAUGACUUCAAGUUCGGAGGCUCCGUCGCCGAAGCGACCAUCGAGAUUCGCAAUCAGUUCAUCCGAAAGGUCUACACGAUCUUGACCGUCCAGCUCAUCGCCACUGGCGUCGUUAGCGCCCUCAGCUUCAUGAGCGAUGGGUACAAGUCCUGGAUUCAGUCACAUCCCGCGAUCGUCUGGGGCUCGCUCCUCGGCUCCAUGAUCUUUAUGUUCCUUACUUACUGGAAGCGCCAUUCCUACCCGACAAACCUUCUCUUCCUGUCGGCCUUCACCCUCCUAGAGGCCUACACCAUCAGCGUGGUCGUAUCCUUCUACAGCGCGCCUGUCGUCCUCAACGCUGUCUUCCUCACGGCCGGCAUCUUCAUCUUCCUGACGGCCUUUGCCUGCCAGACCAAGUACGACUUCACGAGCUGGAUGCCCUACCUGUUCGGCGCGCUCUGGGGUCUCCUCAUCUUCGGCUUCAUGUCCUUCUUCCUGCCAUACUCCAGCACCGGCGAGCUUGUCUACGGCCUCCUGAUCGCCCUGGUCUUCAGCGGCUACAUCCUGGUCGACACCCAGCUCGUCCUGCGCAAGCACCACAUCGAGGAGGAAAUUGCUGCCGCCGUCAGCUUGUAUCUCGACAUCAUCAACUUGUUCCUGGCGAUCCUCCGCAUUCUCAACAGCCAAAACAACAACUAGGUGCGACCGGGUUGAUGGGGCACGCGAUGAGAGGAACUGCCAAGUGAUGUGGCCUUCACCGUCUCCUGGGUGGCAUUGUUAACACUGGAGGUGUAUUGUGCAAUUUUUAUUUUAUUUUUUUUUAGGUUGGGGGGGAAUCGGUUCGGUUCUUUCGGAUUGAAGGAUGUUGUUUGGGUUGAGCAGCUUGUUAGUUUGACUGCUUUGCAUGGUACGCUGUGACUUGUCGUGGGUUCCGUUGUGGAACCUACCAUCGCAUGUUUAGUAUAAUUUUCUCUUUGGAGCUACUUUGCUAAGUUCAAUGAUAUGUUCGACGGCCAAGAUUGGCAAUUGGAAUGUUUACCGAUAAUAUCGCAUUUCGAGAACCUACCAACAUGCUCCCGGGAUCAUUCGGUCAAUUUCACAGUCCAUGGCUUUGGUGCUUAGGCAGGAGAAUGCGAGCAGAAAAAUUGAAUUUAGUUGAUAUCUGC